AUGUCGAAGGCGACUGGAGGCGCGGCGCCGGCGGCGGAAAGUUGUCCCUCGGCUCCAGCGGGCGUAUCGGCAGCCCCGGGCGUGGAGGAUUUGUCUAAAGUGACGGACGAAGAGCUGCUGCAGUGGAGCAAGGAGGAGCUGAUCCGCAGCCUGCGGCGCGCGGAGGCCGAGAAGGUGAGCGCGAUGCUGGACCACAGCAACCUCAUUCGGGAGGUCAACCGCCGCCUGCAGCUGCAUCUCGGCGAGAUCCGAGGGCUCAAGGAUAUUAACCAGAAACUCCAGGAGGACAACCAGGAACUGAGGGACCUAUGCUGUUUCCUGGAUGAUGACCGGCAGAAAGGCAAAAGGGUGUCCCGGGAGUGGCAGAGAUUGGGUCGCUACACGGCUGGGGUGAUGCACAAGGAGGUGGCCUUAUAUCUACAGAAGCUGAAGGAGCUGGAGGUGAAGCAGGAGGAGGUGGUAAAGGAGAACAUGGAGCUUAAGGAGCUCUGUGUGCUGCUGGAUGAGGAGAAGGGCGCAGGAUGUGCAGGCAGCCGCUGCUCCAUCGACAGCCAGGCCAGCCUGUGCCAACUGGUGGCCACCGCCGCACCCUAUGUGCGGGAUGUGGGUGAUGGCAGCAGCACCUCCAGCACCGGCAGCACCGACAGUCCUGACCACCACAAACACCAUGCUAGUGGGGGCAGCCCUGAGCAUCUCCAGAAGCCCCGAAGCGAGGGCAGCCCAGAGCAUACCAAACACAGGAGCUCCAGCCCUGAACAUCUGCACAAACCCAGGGCUUCUGGGACCCCAGAUCACCCCAAAGCACUGAAAGGACCUAGCCCUGAGCACCACAAGCCCUUGUGCAAAGGCAGCCCGGAGCAGCAGAGGCACCCACAUUCAGGGAGCAGCCCGGAAAUGCUGCCCAAACACGUGUUGAGUGGAAGCCCUGAACAUUUCCAGAAGCACAGACCAGGGGGCAGCCCAGAACAUGCCAGGCACAGCGGAGGGAGCCCUGAGCAUCUCCAGAAACAUGCCCUCGGUGGGAGCCUGGAGCACCUCCCCAGAGCCAGGGGAACAAGCCCAGAGCAUCUCAAACAACAUUACGGGGGCAGCCCUGAUCACAAGCACGUAGGUGGCAGUGGAGGCAGCGGCGGGGGCAGCAGGGAGGGCACCCUCCGACGGCAGGCUCAAGAGGACUCAGCACCCCAUCACCGAAAUGUCUACAGUGGCAUGAACGAAUCAACCUUGUCCUAUGUUAGGCAGCUGGAGGCCAGAGUCAGACAGCUGGAAGAAGAAAAUCGCAUGCUGCCCCAGGCCACCCAGAAUAGAAGUCAACCUCCAACUAGAAACAGCUCAAAUGUGGAGAAAGGCUGGGGGCCCAGAGCCCGGCGGGUCUUGCAGUGGUGGCAAGGGUGCCGAGGAAUAGGACGAUGCCUGCCCUCUCUCCCGGGUUCUUUUAGGUUGUCAUCAGGGGCUGAUGGGAGUAACAGUUCACCCAACUCUCCAGCUAGCUUCAGUGGACAUACCACACCUUCUCAGCAGCCUGAACCUGUGGUACAUUCUCUUAAGGUCUUGGAUGUUCAGGAAGCUAUAGAUCGUCAUCAGGGUAAAGAGUAUGACCAUGACCUUAGUGAGACAGAAAAAGCUAUAGUCAGAGAAAUGUGCAAUGUUGUGUGGAGGAAACUUGGAGAUGCUGCAGGCUCGUGUCCUGGAAUUAGGCAACAUUUGUCAGGAAACCAGUACAAAGGGCCCAUGUGAGAAGAACUCCCUUCAAACAUGAAAUCACCACUACCAGAAAAUAAAGAGAAGAAGAAAAAGAAAAAAAGUUGAUUCCUACAAAAUGGGACUCAUGGCAUCACACAGAGUGAUUGUACAUUGCACAUAUCUCCCCUCUAAUCCCUUCAGUACAACUUCCCCAUAAAGCUAAGAUGCGCUAUACUUCUCACUUUAGUGUUCACAGCAAUCUCAAGGUAGCUUUGGAAAAUCAUCAUUUCAUUAGUAUUUUCAUGACAGCUGAAAUGUUUUCAACUCUCCACACCUAUGAUUGACACAUUGAGUAAUCUGCAUGGUUGGAUGAGUGCAGUAGAGCCUCCAUGGCUUUGAUAGAGGUGGUUCAUUGUAACUAAUGGUGGGGACUUUUUACUAUGUGGAAUAUAUGAAGAGGUAUUUUCCAGCAUACAAGACUGGGAAGCUCCCUUCUAUAUUUCAGUUGUGGAAAGGUUGCUUCCUAACACAUAAUUAGUUGGAUGCAAGAUAAUAUUUGAUUUUUGUUUUGAACUCCGAGGUGCUAAAAAUAUUACAAAUUCUUUUACAAGCUAGAAAGGUAGCAGGAAUUUUUAAAGUGCUUAUCAGAGAGUAUCAUUUAUUUCAGUUGGUCAAACUAAAUAUUUUAAUUUUGAUGAGUUGUUUAUAAAGGCAUGUCUUCGGAACACACAACCCUUCAUAUAUAUUCAGCACACCAAUGUCAGCUAACAAAGAAGCAAACGUAAUUUUUCUAAGUGUUUUGAGCUGUGAGAUUGUCUUUCUACAAUUUAGUUUCUAGACAUGCUGUAUAUUUAAUAAACUUUAUGUAAAAUUUAAAAUAUUGCACUGCACUUAUGAAACAAAAGCUUUCUUUGCCUAUUUACUGCAGCUAUUUAAUGUUUUAUGAAAUUAACGCAUGUCCAUAAUUGAGGCUAAAAGCUCCUGUUCAGAUCGCUUGAGGUGUGCUAGCUUUGCUUAGUUUUCUUAUUUUUGAUAUAGAUAUGUAAUAUUAGAAUGUGUGUACUGGAAAUGCUGUGAUAGAUAUUUUGUGUUUAUCUAAAGGCAAUGAUAGUUUCUUGUAUGAAUGUGCAAGAGGCCUGUGAUAGAAUGCUGUUUUUACUGUAGUUUAAGAUUAUAAAAGUAGGGAUGCAACAAUUUCUGGGUAUCUUCUAAACUUAUGAUUUGAUUUACAGUCAAUAUUUUUUGUUGUUUUUAAAUGGUCUUAUUGUAUAGCGUAUUAAUGGUUAUUGGCAGGGGGAUGAGAAGGAAUUUUGUUAUAGUAAACAGUAUAAUUAUGAUUUUAAAAGCUGCCCUCUGAAAUUAUUUUCUAAGAUAUUUUUCUGAAAAUACUUACAAAUUCAUUUAAUAUAGAAGGAUAUUUCCAAUUACCAUAACUGGGUUAUAAUUUAAGACUCUUCCUUUAAAAUGUUAUAUUUUAGUGUCCAAGAGAAAAGUGUUUGCUAUGUGUAUACCUUUCCUCAUAGAAGCGUCCCUCAAUUGUUGCAUUCCUACAAUCUGGAGACAUUUAAACAUGUUUUGUGCCUGCAGCAGAGCCGGCAGUAGCAGAUACAAAGGACAUUGGUCUUUUGACAAGAUCCUUGUGUAAAUUUUGAUACAGUAUUAAAACUAUUUUUUUAAAGUUCCACAUAAAAUUGAGUAAUAAGUAGA